AAUGUGAUCUGUAGAAUGACCAAAAGCAUCAGGGAAAUUAUUCUAGGGUUUUUUUCUUUACUGGAUUUCUUAACUGAAAAUAUUUUUCUGAUUGUUUCAGGAGUAAAAGUUCCUCGUAAUUUUCGUCUUUUGGAAGAACUUGAAGAAGGUCAGAAAGGAGUAGGGGAUGGAACAGUUAGCUGGGGCCUUGAAGAUGAUGAAGAUAUGACACUUACAAGAUGGACAGGAAUGAUUAUUGGGCCUCCAAGAACAAUUUAUGAAAACAGAAUAUACAGCCUUAAAAUAGAAUGUGGGCCUAAGUAUCCAGAAGCACCUCCAUUUGUAAGAUUUGUAACAAAAAUUAAUAUGAAUGGAGUAAAUAGUUCUAAUGGAGUGGUGGACCCCAGAGCCAUAUCAGUCCUAGCAAAAUGGCAGAAUUCUUAUAGUAUCAAAGUUGUUCUGCAAGAGCUUCGGCGUCUAAUGAUGUCUAAAGAAAAUAUGAAACUUCCUCAGCCACCUGAAGGACAAUGUUACAGCAAUUAAUUAAAAAAAAAAAACCAACAUGCCCCCCUUAUUCAAUUUAAGCUGUCUUCAUUUUCCACAGUAGUAAAUUUUCUAGAUGCAUCUUGUAGACCUCAAAAUACUGGAAAGGAAGUUCCCAUUCAAAGGAAGUUUUUCUUGAGAUACUGUAAAUGAUACUAAUUUUUUUUUUUCAUUUGAAAUAUAAGUUGUGCUAUAACAAAUAAUCCUGUCGUGUAACCACUGUCCACAUAGCUGAACUUCUGGUAUCAGGAAAAGUCUAUUUAAAUUUAUUACUGUCAAGACCAGUGUGGCACAUCCAACUUAACUGUGAAAGGAUCCAUCCCACAAUCACCUUGCUGUGUGUCUGGCCUGGGUUAUUUUUUUUUCUUUCUCUGUCUUUUGCAAUAGAGUCGAAGCUCAGGGCUAUUUAUUAGAGUAGACACAAAGGUUUUUGCUUCCAGUACUACACUGGGCUGUAUGGACUACUACUGGGGAUGUGUGCUAACCUCAGUCAUCCCUCCCUUUGUGCUCGCUCUAGUAAAGGCUGAAUGUGACUGUGGUCGUUUUUGGGUUUUUAUUAUUUUUUUAAAUGCCCUGAUAAUCUGGGGCAAGCUUUCCUUCUUUCCUUUGGCCAAGGCAUAGAUUGUAUUUCUCUUCCUGGUCCCCCCCACCAGUGAUGUGAGCUUUGGGUGAGGGAUUCAGGGUUCUUUUAAUCUCUUCCCUCUUCCCCUCUUUUUAGUGGGGGUGCUGCUUUCUUUUUGCCCCUUUUGGUGACUCUUCUCACCCCUGGCCCAGGGGUGAGCAUCGGGGCAACAACUUGACCUAUUCCCUCCUGCUUAUCAUUUUGGUUUUGCAACAAAUUUAGUCUUCACCAGCCUGGGAAACAAGAGUAUCUGUUCUGCUGGCAAACGUGGGUUUUCCCUUCCCUCCAGCACUGCUGCCACACCGCCAAGCUGGCCACGGCCGUGCUCUUAGAUAGGCUUUGACGUGGGGAAAAGAGCAGUAAUUUACCAGGAUUGCCCAAACCUUCUGCUGCCAAACUUCAGUGGGGGAGACUCUGCACGUAGAGAUUCUGAACGCACUCCAGGUACACUCAAAUCGUUGUGUUUUGGUGCUUUGGAUUGACCCAAGAAUGUUAAUUAACAAAAUGUUGCACUUGCAUUUGCCCCUUCUAAAGAUGUGACAACCACAGACAAAUCAAAUCUGGGUGGUAGAUUUCAUUAGGGUUCUGUAAGUCUUAGAAAUCUCUUCAGUGAAGAUUUUGGGGAAGCGGUGGCACAGCAGAUUAAGGACCUUGAUUGGCUUUGCAUCCUGGCAAAUCACUGCCUUUUCUGGUUUACUGUUCCGGACCACUAACUGCUGCAAUGUGGAUGCAAGCUUACAGGAAACCAACCUAGUGUGUCCUAAGUUUUAUGAAAAAUUCAGUGUUUGUGUAAAAAAAAAAAGGAAAAAAAAAGGAAAAAAAAAGAAAAGAGUAAAAAUAAACACAUUUUAAAGCAGCAGCUGUCAAGUCAAUGAACAAUUGAUGUUUCCAUUAACUUCUGAGGAAAAUAUUAGUUGUAAGGAUUUAACAUCCUCUGUACUGAAAGUUUAACAUAACAGUAUUCCAUAAGCAGCCUUUUUAUUGUAUCAGACCAUUGCCUGAUUUUAAUAUAAUAAAAAGUGUGCAUUAAUAUUAGAAGGCUUUAAUUGUAUUUAUGUUUAGAAUUUUGAUCCCUUAAGGAAUUCUUGAUUUGUUGGAAGUAUCUUCCUACAGAUCACGUUUAGCUGACAGAAUGUAAACUGGCAAUUGUCUCUAUCCAGCUGCUGCUGCUGUGCCAAGGAGCAUCUGUAGUUUUGGUUUAAGCCUCAGGCUGCCCCAGACUUGGCCGUUGGUAGCAUCAGGUGAGGCCCAGGAGCUGCCAAAGGGUUCCUGGAUCCCUGUGCAGUCAGUGCCGUGGCCUUGCUGUGCUGGAGUAGCGAGAAAAUGGAAUCCCUGUACAGCUGCAUGUUACACUGUCUGUCAAGUCAAGGACUAUUUCACAACCUGAAAUUCUAAGUGUUUUCCUCAGAUAGUGAAGAGUAACAAGCUGAGCUUUUCUUCAGAUCUGGGUAAAAACAAGGCUGUGAAAUUUUGGGCUUUUCCUAGUGUAAAGUGUCUCCAGAGGAUUGCUGGAAGGUCCUGAUGCAUUCACUGCAGUGAUGGGCUGCAACAAGGUUCUUCCUGAGUUGGGAAUGAGAAAGGGAAUGACCUUGUGAAGCUUUGUGAAACUUGCUGUUGGUUUCUGGCCUGGAAUGAAUAGUGCUCACUCGCUCCUGGGGCAGCCCCGAGGGUGUCUGUGAAGACAAUGGGACUAAUACUCUGUGUGUGUGUGUGUGUGUGUGUUUAUUUAAAAGAGCUUCGUGUCAAAGAUGGUAAAUGGGCAUUGGAACAAGGUGAUAAUUACAGUGGGCUGCUUGAUUGUCUCUUUUUCAGAGUGCCCUUGCCCUGUUUAGGAGGUUAUGGUUGGUGCAUGUUUGGGACUUCCCUGAACCUUCCUACUUCGAGUAAUGAUUUUAAAACCGUGAAAAGCCUCUGGUUUGCUUUGCAAAUUGUACAGGUGAGAGCAUCCCACCCUGGCUGGGAGCUGUGCUGGCAGGAGCCACCUGUUCACAGCAUCUGCCAAAGUUGGAUGCUGCUUUAAACAAAAGGGUUCACUGUGGCUGUUCUCCCCCAGGAGCUGCACUCUCCGGACACCUCAGUGCUCCAUUGCUGUUCCCACAACCGAGUAAGAGCGGUGUGGAAAAAUAACACCUUGGGAGUCAGCUGCCGGUGGAGCUGCAUGGUGGCUCUAUCAGUGUGUGUCACCUGUGCAGGGGAAGGGACAAUUCACCCCCAGGCUGGUGCUUGAUGCUUCGGAAAUGAGGUGUGGAAACGAAGCUGUGUCACACCUGUGCUUAUCCAAACUCUGGCAGCUCAGGUGAUGCCUGCCAGCCUUCUGUCUGUGUCCCGAACUAGUAUCUCUAGAGAAAGCUGUGAAGGGAUAAUAAAUAAAAUAAGGGGAUUGGCCAUUAAAUAAAUGGUGUGCUUGGAGCAGGUGCUGCUGGAGGUGGCUGAGCAGCACUCGGACGAGGUUGCUCUGAGCCGGACUUCACCCUGCGCUGUGCCCGCAGAGGGUCCCUGAGCCAUCCCUGUGCCCCAUGUGCUGGACUCUCCCAGCAAAGCCCCACCUGCCCGUGCUUCCCGGGGAUGUGGAGCAGCAUCUGCCUCGCCUCGGCCACGGGGACGGCAGAGGGAGCCAGAAAGCUUCCCAAGGCUGUGCCGGCCGGGCCUCAGCUGCUGCUCGAGUUAAAUGGUCCGUCCUCGUGUGGGAACCACUUUUCGUAUUUAUCCGGAAUCGGUUUCAAUUUGAAAAGCCUGUGUAUCGUGACUGUCCCACUGUACAGGCAUUAACUUGCUGGGGGAACACCAGCCCCGCAGUGAGACCUUAAUUGUUAAUAAAGACUAAUGGUUGUUUGCUU